AACACGUUUGUAUCACAUGAGCACCAUCAAGCAAAGGCACGCGUUGUUAGACUCCAAACUGAAGCAGCUCAGGGUGAUGAUUUCUCCACAUUUUACUUCCGGUUGAAAGGUCACAGUAAAAUGGCGCCCUCCAAGAAAAAACACGCUGACGAUCAGGCUUAUUUGAUUCCCGGAGGAUUUACAGUCUUGUCCUUACAGUUCAGUUCAGACACUGCGGCACGACACUCUCUGUAUGUGAAAGAGCACAGAGUCCGGGCGGAGAAGAGUUCGGGCAGACCGAUGGACCGGACUCUCUUCGUGCUCAACAUCCCCCCGUACUGCUCCGAGGGUGUUGUUAAAGAGUUAUUCUCACAGUUUGGCGUCAUUCAGUCGGUGGAGUUGUUAGACCACCCGGGCAGCGUUCAGGAGUCAGGACCCAAACUGGCCAAGAUCUUCAUGCCACCUGCGAAGCAGGGUUUCAAGGUCGGUUAUGUUGUGUUUAAAAAAGCUUCCAGCAUAUCUGCAGUUAAGUCCCACCCACACGACGUGCCUCUGGUGGUGUGCACAGAAGAGCGUCAAGUCAAAACAGGAGUACAGAAAUGGAUUCAGCAGUACACAGAAUCUCUCAUUCAGCCGGAAAAAUUACAGGAAAUAGUCGAUUCUUUCAUGCAGGACUAUGACAAGCGUAAAGAGCAGGAAGAGGAGCGGCAGAGACAGGAGGCUGAGCAGCAGCAGGAGGACGAGGAGGGCUGGGUGAAAGUCACCAGAGGGCACAAAGGCGCCAAGGCCCGCCCCCACAGCGAGGCGGCCAAUCAGAGGACUCUACAGAGAGAGAAGCAGAAGAAGAAGAGGAAGGAGCUCAUGAACUUUUACACCUGGCAGCAUAGAAACACACAAAAAGAACAUAUUGCUGAACUAAGGAAGAAAUUUGAAGAGGAUAAACAAAGAAUCGCUCUGCUCAGGGCACAGAGGAAGUUCAGACCUUAUUGAGUGUUUUUUUUUCCCAACCUAAUUUCUGCUUUUCUGCAUUUUAGCUGUGUCAAUAACUGAAGCAUUUUUGUAUUAAUAAACUGCUCA